AUCGAUCCGGAUCAGCGAUAAAUUUUGUUGGGUAAAUAGGUUUUCGAUUAGGGAAUUUGAAAGUUAGGGUGCGACUCCUAUAUAUUCGGAUCUCCAGGAAAGUAAUUCUUUCCGUUUGGGUAAGCUAGUAAAGUCAUGGUGCCGGCGGGAGCGGAGGCGCUGGCGGCGUACCGGGGGCUGCUACGGGCAACGCGGAAGACCUUCGCUGGGGACACCUUGAUGCUAUCUGCCUCGGCGGUGGAGAUCCGGCAGAAGUUCGAGGAGAACCGCGGCGUAGCGGCGGAGGCGGAGGUGAAGCGCCUCCUCGACGAGGCCAGAGAAGCCUCCCACUUCAUCUCCCAUAUGAUCGUGCAGGCCAAGCUCGGCUCCUCCGGCGGCUUCGUUGUUAAACCUACGGAAGAACAUGCUGGAGCAACAAUGGAGAUUGCCUCAGAAGAACUUCUGGCCAAGACGGAGAAAGGUAAAGGUUGUGGCUGACUUCUAUCGACCAUUGGUAAUCUGAUCAACGUUGCAGCUAAAUUUCUGAUCAAUUGCAUGAUUUGUCGCAAUGUGGCGAUAUCCAUAGAAAGAAAUUGGAGAAACUGCUGUCUUAGUGCUAUAUUUUUAAGAAGAGAUUGGUAAUUCCACUAUGAACUUUGCUCCCUGUUCUCUAAGGAUGGCAAAUAAAAUGGUACAUUCAUGUUU